CUCAUCAUCACUGGGCUUGCUCCCGCCCCGUCCAUCCUGCGACGAUGAACGACCAUUCAGGACCGCUUUCGCCGCCUCUCACCGCGUCGACAAGGAAUUUUCGCGAGUCAAUUCAUCUUAUUCCUUCGUUACAACGCGAAAAGCGACCAAAGUCUUAUGAACCACCGCAACUCAAGCUAUGGGUCGUGUUACCGGCGGCGCUGUUAAUGGUUGCCCUUGGUAUUGGACUGGAGGUGGCACUGUUCUUUUCGCAGAAGAAUAGCGGUUAUUCUGUGAAGGAGAAGAACAUCUUUAAGUUUGCCUCAACACAAUUCCUUACAUCAUUCUUCCCUAUUCUCCUUGUUGCUCCUCUUGGCCUACUGUGGGAAUCAAAGAAUUGGUUGGUGAAGCGUUACCAGCCAUAUAUUAACCUCUCUAAAGGGGAUGCCUCGGCGGAAGACUCGCUCCUCCUCGAUUACGUGUCGAUCAACACCCUUUAUUGUGUAUUUUUGGCUUUCUAUAAGCGACACUGGCUCGUUUUUAUCUCCGCAGUUGCUGGUCUCGCGACACUGCUCCUGCAGCCGCUUGCUGGUUCCAUUUUCGAUGUCCAACAGUUUCCGGAACCUAAUUCGGGAACAGUGCAGAGUAUCAGGUCUCUCGGACUUGACCCUGAUCGGUUCCAGCUCACAGCCUUUCUCGCCGCUGCUGGUUAUGUCCUUGCAGCGGUAAGCAAUAAUUUGCUCGAUCCCCCUUUCAUCCAUAACAACUGGGCUACAGCGGACUUUACGUUCCCGGACGGUAACUACCUCAACGGAACCGUCACCACAAAUACCACUGGUGUCCGGACAAAUGCAACAUGUUCGGCGCCUUCGUCGAUCAGUCUCGGCGUCAGCGAUGCUGUAAACUACACUAUCACUGCGUCGUCAAAUUCAAUCGCAGACACUGGUUGCGGCACUACCGUAUCGUUUAAUCCAGCGAGUUCCACCCAGCAAUACGGCGUUCAAGGGGUGGCGAACUGCGGGCCGCACGCUAAUAUGAACCAGACAUUCUGGCCAGUCUUUUACUGGUUUUAUCAUAACAAUUCGGCCGGAAACCCUCAGGCAGCAGGGGUAUUCUGUGCUCCGACGCUUGAAGUAUUUAAUGUUUGGGCGAAUGCAUCAUUGAAUGAUGGUUCUCUGGGAAAUGUAACGAUAAUCUCCCCGAUUGGGGACAUGUCUAACAACAACGUCACCGGCGUACCCCAGAUGGGAGUUCCCUUCAACGGAGUCAUUUUUGAUCCGAAUACGGACCCAUUCAUUGCUGCACGGGCAAAUGCGACAACUAGUGGCGUCCCCGGUGCUAUUCUUCGGGCUGUUACGACGAAUCAAUCAUUAUCAAACACUGCAUUCAACUCACCGGAUGGUUUCGUUGAGCCAACAUCAAGAAUUUAUACUCAACAUCUGGCUCUCAUAGCUAAAAAUACGUAUUUCUUGCAAGCAAAUGACACCCUUCCAGCGACUAUAUUCUCGUUAAAACCCCGACUUGUCAUUGAACCGCUUUCGGCACAUGCGUUAUCCGUGCUUCUUAUAAUCGUCGGUUUGCUCAUGUUUUUCAUUGGAGUAUGGCACAGGAAAAUCCGAAGGGGAGUAUUCCUUGGCGCUCCGCCUGGGUCUAUUGCGAGCGCUGUGGCUCUCACAUCGCGUUCCGGGUUCGGCGAACUUCUUGUACCAUACGACGACGAACUGGGAAUCGCAACGAAACUCACACCAUAUCGUUUCCGUCUUGAUUACCGCACAGGAGCUAUCAUGGCGACCGAUGCACCAGGGUACCAAUUCGCUAAAGAGACGUAUCGGGAUAAUGAGGACAAUGAGAAGCCGGGAAUUCUGAGUCGGGGGUCAUCUGCUAAGGCUGAGUCGAGUACUGGGAAUGAAGAGACGCGGAUGAGUCUACUUGAUCAUCGUCGGGAUUCGUCGAUUGCACCGUUAACGCAAGCUGGGUAUGAGGUGGAGCCGUUCUCACCUCCGUCGCGUUCACCAGAUCCAGAGGGGCACGCGUAAGGCACCUAUAGUGAAUUCUAAAUCCUGACUUUCACUCCUCGCUAUCGAAACUCGAAGCCAGCUUAUCCUCCACGCAUCUUGUGAUAUACCACUGCAUACGUCGUUCUUAAUCAUCUGGGCUCUUUUUUGGACUCUACAAGUCAGGACUGUUUUUUUACUUAUGUAUUGCCACCGCCUACUUUGUUUGCUGCCAUUUUUUAUGUAUUAACGUGUUGCGUCGUAGUUCUGGUUUUUUCAUGACUACUUAAUGAGUAACGAUUGAACUCAGGAGUGUAACGUGUGAUUUCUGUCUGGGUAAACGC